AUCAACCAGAAUCACAAAUAUCGAUGUUUUGAUUCGAUUUUGAUAAGAUUACCUUUUAAGUGCUCAUGAGGUUUUGAUGAAAUUAGCAAAUGACURRAAUGGAGUGAUGUUUUGGUAAAGAAACACCAAUGGACGUGAUGUUGUGAUACAUGUGGACGAUUUUUAUCCUUGUAAAGUCAUUACCAUUUAUAAACCCAGACCCGGCUCAUCAUASAAUCGUGGAGAACUAGAACUGAUAUCCAACCAUCCAACAUUCUCAAAGGUUGAUGAAAUAGUAGGCAUCAGAGAAUGCAGGCGUCUGUGCAGCAAUACCCCAGACCUCCCCGGUCCGCAAGCCUUAGAUCUCACCGUACCCUGUCAAACACGUCCAUUGACGAUGAUGACAUGUCAGUCACCUCCAGUAUAUCAGGACAACCACGUCGUGGAAACACUUUACCAAAGAUAUCGACUAGUGAUUUCUCGGCCGUACGGGCUGUCACUGGUAUUUCACGCAUGAAGAAAGGAAGAAGAGCUCAAAAGAACUCGGUGGUCCCUGAUCAUAUUAGUCCUCGUGCCGAWAGUCCAAGAAAURGUCGUCGGGCAAGCAACAUCUACUCGCUAAGUGAGCUGGCAGUUGCAGGUGCCAAGGUUAAACGACGAAAACGAAGCACUCUUGAGACCUGGGGAAGAAGRAAUACUGUAGGGGUUACAAAAUACUUUGAUAAGAAUCUUCCACCAGAGGAGUUAUUUAGACGAUGUGUUCGUCUUGUCCAAAUGUUUGCUUCUCUUUGUCAGUAUAAAUAUGAAAAAGAAAAUGAUGGCCAAGAAGCCACAGCUCACACAGUGUUUACGGAAUACAUCAACGACGAUGAGAAAAAGAUYGAUGGUCUUGCCUUUGAUGCAUCGUUCUUCAAAGCCAAUAGAAAGAUGAGAAUGUCACAGGAAGUGAAAAAUAUUCUAUUGAUGCCGCCAGAACAACGUAGUGAACAACAGCUCGCCAAAGUGCUUUUCUCAUUGCGGUCCAUUCGUGCCUUUGCCGAGUACCCACAGAGAAUACAACACAAGUUGAUCGCUGCCGGGUGGUUUGAGUCCCAUUCUUCAAAAAGAGCGAUUUUGAGACAAGGACAUAUUCCACAAGGCUUUUACUUUGUCCUUUCAGGAUCAGCCGUUGUCACCAUCAUGACUGAGAAUGAACCCUUUGCGAGAACAGUCGCCUUUCUUCGUCGAGGAGACAGUUUUGGGGAGCUGGCUAUUUUACACGACACUCGUCGCCAGUCUACUGUGAUAUCACGWGARCCCAUYGAGCUGCUAGUMAUAUCUAGAGAGGAUUUUGUUGAUAUAUUUAUGCUUGCUGGUGGAAUGAAAAACCUKAAYGACCCUGAUCACCAAAAAUUCAUCAGGGGAAUUGAAUUUUUAAAAGGAUGGCCUACAGAAUUACUCGCAGAGAACCCUAAACAAUGUCUCUUCCACUUCUUUAGAAGUGGGUCAGUUCUCGUAAAGGACAGUAAUCAUACAGACUGGAUUUACAUCAUCAAAUGGGGAAGCUGUCGAAUUCUGAAGAAACUUAGAGAAGUCAAAUCACAACUAACUGAACAUAAAGAGCGUGUUGUUGGCUUUGAAAAUGUGCGCAGUCUCGUUCCCAAGGCGGAUUCCCGAACUCACCUYGACCGUGUUCGUACAAAAAUGGCUAUUGUAACGAUGUUACUACCCAAGUUGACAUUACGAUCGCUAACAGAGGAGUCCCGUGAAACAGUUAAUGACUGUGGCAGUCCUGGACGAGACGAAGGCGCCUACAUUGAGCAAGUAGCUGCAGCACAAGGCAUUCUGGCUCGAUUUCGUCAGAAGAGACCACCAAACCAUGAAGAAGAAAUCAAGCUUGCAAACGCUUCAGAAAAGUCAUCAAGGUUGUCUUCCCCAGUGUUCUCGACCGCGCUGACAACAGAGCCUCAACCUGAAGUGAUAUCAACCAAUAGUAAGAAAAUAACGUUUACUUUAGAAGACGAUGGAUCGAGCGACGACGAGAAGACGAAAAGUUCCCGCAAGAUAUCAAGAAAGUCAUCGCGUCGAAAAUCAAGUCUUGCACCAGCAUCAAACUUCAUWAAACAGCGAGCUAGAUCCAGGUCCUUGAAAACAGGCUUGAUACACACGGACAAAGAAGAUGAAGAAGACUACAUCCCUCGUCAAAAAAUAUCAGUCAUUGACGAAGAGGCACAAAAACAGAGUAUAGAGAUAACGGAGGCUGAUAGGCACCCUAUGUUUGUUCAGAUAGCGUUGCUCUCCAAAGGAGAUGUCUUUGGCGUGUCGGCGAUGUUAUUUGAUGAUCAGCCUAGUCUUAGCUUGGUCAGUAAUGGUGCUGAAUGCAUCAUGAUAUCCAAGAAGUUUUAUCUUUCUCAUUGCGAAACUCCUUUCCCAGACGAGGAAGCUCUUCAGAAAAGCCUUCAGGAUAAGAUCAACUGGGAUGCUUAUAAGAAGAAAACCCUCCAAGGGGUUGUCAAGAAUGGAAAUUUGAGAAGACAAUUUUACAAUCGACAAAAUCAUCGAAAACAAGACGAUGAAAAUGAUAUGGAUAUUUGCGAAGAUCUAAAAGUCUUACUCAAGAAUCUACGAGAGACGGGAAGCUAG